AUGGCAGAUUUCACGCGUGCUGCAAACGAGGUUCCUGGCAUUUUCCCCUCCGUGUCUAUCACCCCAGCCGUGGGGGAGUGGCAGGAGGAAGGAGCUCAGCUGUUGUCUUUCACAACCCCCCACCUGGACAAGUUUCAAGCUGUGGGGAAGAAAGCAGUCUACCAAAUGUGCGUUAAAGUUCUGAACCUGCGCUCUUCGGCAGGGUUGAAGGAGUCGAGGUGGACUGAGUUCUUCGGUCCAGAUGCUUCCCCGAAAGGCGGCUGGCGGUCCCUGUACAAGCUGCCUAUUGAAAAGCGGACAGCAGACCUCCAGUUGACUGUAUGCGACGAGGACAAGUUGACUCAUAAUGAGUUGAUCGGAGAGUCCCGGGUGCCUCUGAAACGGGUGAAACCCGACCAGACGAAACAUUUCCACACCUGCCUGGAGCACCCGCCCCCGGUAACACAAAUGUUGACUGUAUGCGACGAGGACAAGUUGACUCAUAAUGAGUUGAUCGGAGAGUCCCGGGUGCCUCUGAAACGGGUGAAACCCGACCAGACGAAACAUUUCCACACCUGCCUGGAGCACCCGCCCCCGCUCCCCUCUCCUACCGCCAUGGGUGAAGCCCUUCGAGGAAUUUCCUGCUACUUAAGAGAGUGGGAGAACGAGCAGCUGCACAGCCUGGAGGAGAGAGGCCGUCUUCUCCUCUCCCUGCAGUUCCUGCCUCCGCUCAGUGUGGAGGAUAAAGACGCCGAGGGAGGAGGCGAAGGGCGUCGCAGCGGGGGGCUCUGUGUGGGCGUGAAGCGAUGCGCCCACCUGGCGGCCAUGGACGUCAACGGAUUCUCCGACCCCUACGUCAAAAUAUACCUGAAGCCCGACAUACAGAAGAAAUCCAAGCACAAAACGGCAGUGAUCAAAAAGACCCUCAACCCUGAAUUCAACGAGGAGUUCUUCUAUGAGAUCUCCCUGUCGGAGCUGGCCAACAAGACGCUGGAGGUGACGGUGUGGGACUACGACCUGGGACGCUCCAAUGACUUCAUAGGCGGCGUCUGUCUGAGCUGUCACUCCCAGGGCGACGCCCUCCGACACUGGAUGGACUGCCUCAAGAACAAGGGCAGGAGGGUGGAGCGGUGGCACAUCCUCACCAAUGAGCUGCCACGAUCUGUCAGCCACGACUAAACCCAACGCAGCAUCCUCCGAGCACGCAGACGGUGGCUGUCAGGGAUCACUCGGUUCACAGAGAUCCUCCGGUUGCUUUAAGGCGCGGACUCGAGCAACUUCACCACAGGAACAGUGUAUUAUAAUAAUAAGAGCCACCAUGAGGGGCGGAGAGCAGGGUGAAGCUGGAGCAGCAUGGUGGUGUGCCUUCACUAUUGGUCAUCCAGACCGAUCCAUGACGAGGGCUCACACAGAUUCAACAGAAACUACGGCUGGAGAAGGCCGAAAUUACACUGCAUGUUUUUUGUUUUGUAAAUCACAUGUCCCAUGCGCUCAGUUGAAGAAAAAUCAGUUUUUCAGUGUUAUGUUUUUGGUGUUACGACCCCCCCACCCCCACGGCGUCUGUUCCAGUCAGAUCUGCGUCUACAUGGACAGAGAACAUCUUUGCAUUCAGCCAAACUAUAUAUAUAUAUAUAUAUAUGAGGAUUCAGAAAGUGUUGUUUUGAAAGUUUUUUUAUAUUAUAAAACACAAUAAAAUAUUUUUUUCCACA